AUCUCUUUUCGAUUUUUAAUUUGUUUAUACCUUCCAGUAACCUGCAUCACCCAAUGUGAUACGGAAUUGCUAUUAUUUUUAAUUUUUAGAACACACUCAAGAACCUCCAGAAGCUAACCAGCUAACUAGCUACAAGCUAUUUAGUCAUUGUUAGUUUUUUUAACCUGGAUAACACUCGCCAGUCCAGCUUCCCUGCCCCAUCCACCGCUGCCCCCUGGACACUGAUCACUUGGCUACAUAGCUGAUGCAUGCUGGACUGUCCAUUAAUCACGGUACUCCAUCUGCUUCUGUUUAUGUUUUAUCUGUCGGCCCCGUUGCCUAGUCAACGCCAUUUUACCUGCUGUUGUUGUGCUAGCUGAUUAGCUGUUGUUGUCUCACCUACUGUUUCAGCUAGCUCUCCCAAUUCAACACCUGUGAUUACUGUAUGCCUCGCUGUAUGUCUCUCUCAAAUGUCAAUAUGCCUUGUAUACUGUUAUUCAGUUUAGUUAUUGUUUUAGUUCACAAUGGAGCCCCAAGUUCCACUCUUCAUACCCCUGAUACCUCCUUUGUCCCACCUCCCACACAUGCGGUGACCUCACCCAUUACAACCAGCAUGUCCAGAGAUUCAACCUCUCUCAUCAUCACCCAGUGCCUGGGCUUACCUCCGCUGUACCCGCACCCCACCAUACCCCUUCUGCGCAUUAUGCCCUGAAUAUAUUCUACCAUGCCCAGAAACCUGCUCCUCUUAUUCUCUGUCCCCAACGCUCGAGGCGACCAGUUUUGGUAGCCUUUAGCCGUACCCUCAUACUACUCCUUCUCUGUUCCGCGGGUGAUGUGGAGGUAAACCCAGGCCCUGCAUGUCCCCAGGCACCCUCAGUUGUUGACUUCUGUGAUCGAAAAAGCCUUGGUUUCAUGCACGUCAACAUCAGAAGCCUCCUCCCUAAGUUUGUUUUACUCACUGCUUUAGCACACUCUGCUAACCCUGAUGUCCUUGCCGUGUCUGAAUCCUGGCUCAGGAAGGCCACCAAAAAUUCUGAGAUUUCCAUACCCAACUAUAACAUCUUCCGUCAAGGUAGAACUGCCAAAGGGGGAAUUGCAGUCUACUGCAGAGAUAGCCUGCAAAGUAAUGUCAUACUUUCCAGGUCCAUACCCAAACAGUUCCAACUACUAAUUUUGAAAAUUACUCUCUCCAGAAAUAAGUCUCUCACUGUUGCCGCCUGCUACCGACCCCCCUCAGCUCCCAGCUGUGCCCUGGACACCAUUUGUGAAUUGAUCGCAUAUCAUCUAGCUUCAGAGUUUGUUCUGUUAGGUGACCUAAACUGGGAUAUGCUUAACACCCCGGCAGUCCUACAAUCUAAGCUAGAUGCCCUCAAUCUCACACAAAUCAUCAAGGAACCCACCAGGUACAACCCUAACUCUGUAAACAAGGGCACCCUCAUAGACGUCAUCCUGACCAACUGGCCCUCCAAAUACACCUCCGCUGUCUUCAACCAGGAUCUCAGCGAUCACUGCCUCAUUGCCUGUAUCCGCUACGGAGCCGCAGUCAAACGACCACCCCUCAUCACUGUCAAACGCUCCCUAAAACACUUCUGUGAGCAGGCCUUUCUAAUCGACCUGGCCCGGGUAUCCGGGAAGGACAUUGACCUCAUCCCGUCAGUUGAGGAUGCCUGGUCAUUCUUUAAAAGUAACUUCCUCACCAUUUUAGAUAAGCAUGCUCCGUUCAAAAAAUGCAGAACUAAGAACGGAUACAGCCCUUGGUUCACUCCAGACCUGACUGCCCUCGACCAGCACAAAAACAUCCUGUGGCGGACUGCAAUAGCAUCGAAUAGUCCCCGCGAUAUGCAACUGUUUAGGGAAGUCAGGAACCAAUACACGCAGUCAGUCAGGAAAGCUAAGGCCAGCUUCUUCAGGCAGAAGUUUGCAUCCUGUAGCUCCAACUCCAAAAAGUUCUGGGACACUGAAGUCCAUGGAGAACAAGAGCACCUCCUCCCAGCUGCCCACUGCACUGAGGCUAGGUAACAUGGUCACCACCGAUAAAUCCAUGAUUAUCGAAAACUUCAACAAGCAUUUCUCAAUGGCUGGCCAUGCCUUCCGCCUGGCUAUGCCUUCCGCCUGGCUACUCCAACCUCGGCCAAACAGCUCCGCCCCCCCCGCAGCUACUCGCCCAAGCCUCUCCAGGUUCUCCUUUACCCAAAUCCAGAUAGCAGAUGUUCUGAAAGAGCUGCAAAACAUGGACCCGUACAAAUCAGCUGGGCUUGACAAUCUGGACCCUCUAUUUCUGAAACUAUCCGCCGCCAUUGUCGCAACCCCUAUUACCAGCCUGUUCAACCUCUCUUUCAUAUCGUCUGAGAUCCCCAAGGAUUGAAAGCUGCCGCAGUCACCCCCCUCUUCAAAGGGGAGACACCCUGGACCCAAACUAGACCUAUAUCCAUCCUGCCCUGCCUAUCUAAGGUCUUCGAAAGCCAAGUCAACAAACAGGUCACUGACCAUCUCGAAUCCCACCGUACCUUCUCCGCUGUGUAAUCUGGUUUCCGAGCCGGUCACGGGUGCACCUCAGCCACACUCAAGGUACUAAACGAUAUCAUAACCGCCAUCGAUAAAAGACAGUACUGUGCAGCCGUCUUCAUCGACCUUGACAAGGCUUUCGACUCUGUCAAUCACCAUAUUCUUAUCGGCAGACUCAGUAGCCUCGGUUUUUCGGAUGACUGCCUUGCCUGGUUCACCAAUUACUUUGCAGACAGAGUUCAGUGUGUCAAAUCGGAGGGCAUGCUGUCCGGUCCUCUGGCAGUCUCUAUGGGGGUGCCACAGGGUUCAAUUCUCGUGCCGACUCUUUUCUCUGUAUAUAUCAAUGAUGUUGCUCUUGCUGCGGGUGAUUCCCUGAUCCACCUCUACGCAGACGACACCAUUCUAUAUACUUCCGGCCCGUCCUUGGACACUGUGCUAUCUAACCUCCAAACGGGAUUCAAUGCCAUACAACACUCCUUCCGUGGCCUCCAACUGCUCUUAAACGCUAGUAAAACCAAAUGCAUGCUUUUCAACCGAUCGCUGCCUGCACCCGCAUGCCCGACUAGCAUCACCACCCUGGAUGGUUCCGACCUUGAAUAUGUGGACAUCUAUAAGUACCUAGGUGUCUGGCUAGACUGUAAACUCUCCUUCCAGACUCAUAUCAAACAUCUCCAAUCGAAAAUCAAAUCAAGAGUCUGCAUACUAGUCCGCAACAAAGCCUCCUUCACUCACGCCGCCAAACUUACCUAGUAAAACUGACUAUCCUACCGAUCCUCGACUUCGGCGAUGUCAUCUACAAAAUUGCUUCCAACACUCUACUCAGCAAACUGGAUGCAGUUUAUCACAGUGCCAUCCGUUUUGUCACUAAAGCACCUUAUACCACCCACCACUGCGACUUGUAUGCUCUCGUCGGCUGGCCCUCGCUACAUAUUUGUCGCCAGACCCACUGGCUCCAGGUCAUCUACAAGUCCAUGCUAGGUAAAGCUCCGCCUUAUCUCAGUUCACUGGUCACGAUGGCAACACCCAUCCGUAGCACGCGCUCCAGCAGGUGUAUCUCACUGAUCAUCCCUAAAGCCAACACCUCAUUUGGC